CGCUUGGAAUCUUGUGUCGUCAUGCUUUGAAGGUGUUUGAUAUGAAUAAUAUCACUACUUUACCCACUCAGUAUAUCUUGAAGAGGUGGACUAAAGAAGCAAAGAAAGGGAUUGUGGUUAGCAAUAAUACAUGUAAAGGAACAAGUGAGAAUUCAAAGUCUGCUAGAGUGUUGCGCCUUAGCGAAUUGAUGCAUGAAGGAAAUAGUCUGUAUGACAUAGCCUCACUGACCGAUUCAGGUACUGAAAUUGUCAAGGAUCUGUUAAAAGAGGCAAUGAAGCGCCUUGAAAAAGAUAAGGACACUAUCUACGUGUUGGAAAAUUUGAAGAAACUUGGUGACCAAUCUGACUCUGGAAUUCCUUGUAAUGAGAUACUAGUUUUGAAUCCACCAAGUGCAAAGACUAAAGGAAUGAAAAAUGCUAGAAUCAAAGACGUGAGGGAGAUAAACCAACGGAAGAAGAGAACAAAAGAACAAGAAAGUCAAGAAAACAAUGAUCCAAAUGCUCCAAAUCAUGUGUCUACAUCUAACCAUCAGUUUGGUGUACUUAACACCUCAUUUUAUAAUCAGGGAAUUUUAAGUUGGCCUUUUGGACAUCCCAAUCCAUGUUUUAGUUAUGGUCAGAUACCUUUCUCAAACCAGAAUUCAACUUACUCAACUACAAGUCUGAAUCUUGCACCAGCUACAACUCUAACUACAAAUACUACACUCAGACAACAACCUCAGUGAAGUCAGGUUGUGUUUUUAUAUUAUCUCCUUAAGUUGAUGACAUGAAACUCAAUGACAUGAAUGAGUUAGUGAAGUUAUAUUGUGCAGGUUUAAAUGAUGCAGUACUAAGAGGAUCUCUUUUGUUAGACUUGAAGACAAGUUUGGGACUGAUUUUGAUUAA